AUGUGUAACACGGCAGUGGAAGAGCUAGAGAAAACGAUUAUCAGGGAGGGUAGAGCGGGCUUGAAGGAAGGCCGCCUUUACCCUGUGUCUAGAUUGGAUUAUCUCAUCAAAGACGCUAUACUUCAGGAUCUCAUUCAGAUUAUUGCGAGGCAUCCAGCGUUCGAGCGCCUCGUCUUGGGAGAGUACGAUCCAUCCGCCAAGACGAGUGCUCCAUUGGACUAUGACCCGGUUACGGAUGACGAAGACGAAUCCGAGGACGAGGAUAAUGACAACGACCAGAGCAGAAGUCGCUCUCGGCCAUCGGUAUACACGAGAGACACCCUAUACCAGAUUAUCGAGUGGAGGCCCACGUAUUGGUGGAUUCCGGAGAAAAAGGACCUUGAUGAGGUCGCGAAAUAUGUUCCACCAGCACCAGAACUCGGGACUCGCCGUAAUGGUCGCGUCAAGAGAUUCAAAAGAUACUUCUCGGCAGCGGCAGCUGCCAUUCAAUUCCUUGAGCGCCUUACACCCAAAAAGCGCGCACAAGUGCGCAAAAUUGUUCUCCAGGAAAAUUACGCGAGCUUAGGAAUCUCCCAGAACCACGCGAGCCACACGAACUUAGGACUCUCCCAGACCCACGCACGCGGGCUUGUUCCAUAUUUGCUCGAGAAUCCUAGACUUCGGAUAGAGCGACGCGUCGACAUCUGGGGGACUGUGCUUAUCCCUAAUCGCGAACGUUCCUAUGGUGCCGAGCGCUGUCUCUGGGAUGUUGCAACGUGGAUACACGAAGCAAGUAUGCCAUGGAUUAUGGACCUGCCAACGGGUUCUUUCUCCUUGGUCUUACAUGGCCCUAACGAGAGAGCCAGUGAGCUUCUCUGCAAUGCCAUGCGACAGGCUGCAAUGUGGCAGGACGGCGCUGAAGAACUGACACGCCGGGGGACCAUGCAGAGGAUAACUCCUAUAGCCGAUGACUUCGUCGACGUUAUAAAGGCUGUGGUGCGCGGCGAUGUUCCGGUGCGUUUCGAGGCAGGUGUGCCCGAGCUAUGGGAUACAGACAAGAUCUUGCGCGAGCAGUCCGACCAGUGGCCAUGCGCAGUUGAUAGAUUGAGAUGCAUUACUGUUUUCCAUUUCGGUAUGCAUGAUGGAGGCUCGGACUCGGUUCGCUCAGAGCAGAUGGAGGAGAUUGAGUGGACGGAUGGAAUGGUCGUUCGGGGUCUAUUUGAAACGGAAGAUUAG